GAGGACGUGCGGCUGCUGCUGGACGCCUGGAUCAAGGAGCGUACGGUGCCGGAACUGCUGCCGUACGAACAGGAAUUAAUUGAUCGCAUCCUGAUCCGUAUCCGCAAACAGAUCGAGCUGAUCGAGAUGAACUCGAUCGAACUGCAGACGCACGAAAGAGAAAUCAAGCUGCGUCUCGUGGUGAUCGAGUCUGAGCUUGACCGCGUCCAAUUCAUCAUCAGAUCGUACACCAGAACGCGACUCCAGAAAAUUGACAAAUACUCGCUCUACAUCCGCUCAAACGACAAAGAAACCGCCAAACUCAGCAACAACGAGUUUGCAUACAUGGAGCGGCAUCUGGAGCUGCUGCUGGAGCUGUAUAACUCGCAGUUCAUGAAAAACCUGCCGGAGUCGUUGCAGGCCAUCGACGAGACGGGGGGCGGUGUGUCGAUGAUCGAUGAGCCGGACCUGGACCGCCCCGUGUUCGUGCAGGCGACGGCAGAGAACGUAGUUGAGGUGGACGACGAGGAGAUCGAGCUCACCAAAAACGGCAUCUACGUGGUUCGCUACCGCGCGGUGAAGGACUUGGUGGAAACAGGCGAUGUACGGGUGUUGUAA